GAGUGGCAAGGAGUGUACUACACCAAGAAGAAAAAUGGAGACAACGUACAGCAGAACGUGAAGAUCGUCCCUGUGGUGGGGCAGGGGGGAAAAAUCAGACACUAUGUGUCCAUCAUCCGGGUGUGCAACGGCAGCAAGACGGAGGAGAUGCAGGAGUGUGUGGCGUCCCAGAGCCAGACAGGUAGGGGCCAUCUCCACGCCCAUCGAGCAUCCCAGGGCUGCAGUGAGGCUGGCUUCCCGAGCCAUGGCCACCCAGGGCUGCCCGACUGAUGCCCAGGACACGUUCUAAGCCCAGAGUUAGGACACAGCCAUCCCUGCGGUGUGAGGACGGGCCUGUGCUGUGUCCGAGGCCGUGGCCCAGUGUGGCCCUCCACCUCACCCCUGCGCCUGCUGACCCCUACUCUGCCCCCACCAAAGAGGGACGGCCGUGGGGAUGGGCGCUGGGGAGGGGAGGGGCGGGGCGCUGGGGAGGGGCCGGGCGCUGGGGAGGGCUCCCCCUCCCUGUGUUACACUGGUAAGUGGCAAGGCUCAUCUGUCCCCUCAAGCCACUCAGCUGUUCAUUCAGACAGUGGGUACUGUGUGUUUGAGCACCUUGCUGUUUUAAGGUGCUGUGCUAAGUGCUUUCCGUAGUGUGUCGCUGGGCCUUUGGAGUGACCCCAGACCACGGGAGGGGGGGGGUCUACCAGUGGUGCCCAUGUCCUCCUUUCACAGAGGAGGAGCUGACAGGUGUCACCUGCUUAGGAAUAUUCAUGUAUAGAGUGUGGGGCUGGAUUGACUCACCCUGGAGCAGCUCGGGUGUAGUUUGAAAAGAGGUGGCUGACAGCGUGGGGAGGGGAGAGA